ACGUAUUGUUGAAAUAUAUAAAGCAAUAUAACUAUACUAACAAAGUUUAUUGUUACUAAGUGAUUCAAAACUUAUUGUUGAACAUUUUUGAUUGUUACAAAAAAAAUAUGGCACCAGCAAUUGGUAUCGAUUUAGGCACCACAUAUUCAUGUGUUGGUGUUUGGCAACAAGGCAAAGUCGAAAUUAUCGCAAAUGAUCAAGGAAAUCGGACAACACCAAGUUAUGUGGCAUUUAGUGAUACAGAACGAUUAAUUGGUGAUGCGGCCAAAAAUCAAGUUGCAAUGAAUCCACAAAAUACAGUAUUCGAUGCAAAACGUCUAAUUGGUCGAAAAUUUGAUGAUCAAAAAAUACAAGCGGAUAUGAAGCAUUGGCCAUUUAAAGUAAUCAAUGAUGCCGGUAAACCAAAAAUUCAAGUUGAAUUUAAGGGUGAAGUGAAAAAAUUUUCACCCGAAGAAAUUAGUUCAAUGGUUUUAAGCAAAAUGAAACAAACAGCUGAAGCAUAUUUGGGCCAAGAAGUGAAAGAUGCGGUUAUCACUGUGCCAGCAUACUUCAAUGAUUCACAACGUCAAGCAACCAAAGACGCAGGAGCAAUUGCUGGAAUUAAUGUAUUACGAAUCAUAAACGAACCAACGGCUGCUGCUCUGGCUUACGGUUUGGAUAAGAGUUUGAAAGGCGAACGAAACGUUCUUAUCUUCGACUUAGGUGGUGGUACAUUCGAUGUAUCAAUACUAACAAUUGACGAAGGAUCUUUAUUCGAAGUAAAAUCAACAGCUGGAGAUACACAUUUAGGUGGUGAAGAUUUCGAUAAUCGUCUGGUUAAUCAUUUCUCUGAAGAAUUUAAACGAAAAUACAAAAAGGAUCUUCGAAGUAAUCCACGAGCAUUGCGAAGAUUAAGAACAGCCGCUGAAAGAGCUAAACGUACAUUGUCAUCUAGUACAGAAGCAACUAUUGAAAUCGAUGCUCUUUUCGAGGGUAUUGAUUUCUAUACAAAAAUAUCAAGAGCCCGUUUUGAGGAAUUAUGCUCCGAUUUAUUCCGUGGAACACUUGAACCGGUUGAGAAAGCUUUAACUGAUGCCAAAUUGGACAAAGGGGCAAUUCAUGAUGUUGUUUUAGUUGGAGGUUCUACAAGAAUUCCAAAAAUACAAUCUCUGCUACAAAAUUAUUUCUGCGGUAAAUCAUUGAAUUUAUCCAUCAAUCCUGAUGAGGCUGUGGCAUAUGGAGCAGCUGUUCAAGCAGCGAUUUUAACUGGUGCAUCCGAUAGUAAGAUCCAAGAUGUUUUGUUGGUAGAUGUUACACCAUUAUCUUUGGGAAUCGAAACUGCUGGUGGUGUGAUGACUAAGAUAAUUGAACGAAAUGCUCGAAUACCAUGCAAGCAAAUGAAAACAUUUACAACAUACGCUGAUAAUCAACCAGCGGUAACGAUUCAAGUAUUUGAAGGAGAACGAGCAAUGACCAAGGAUAAUAAUCUUCUGGGUACAUUUGACUUAACUGGAAUACCACCGGCUCCACGUGGCGUUCCAAAGAUAGACGUUACAUUCGACUUAGAUGCGAAUGGCAUAUUAAAUGUGUCUGCCAAAGAUAACAGCAGUGGAAAUUCAAAGAACAUCACAAUUCGCAAUGAUAAAGGUCGUCUAUCACAAAAAGAUAUUGAUCGUAUGCUUGCAGAAGCUGAGAAAUAUAAGGAAGAAGAUGAACGGCAGAGGGAAACAAUUGCUACCAGAAAUCAAUUAGAAGGUUAUAUAUUUAGUGUGAAACAAGCAGUUACAGAUGCUGAAAGUAAAUUGGAUGCUAGUGAUGUGGAAAAAGUAAAAACAGAAUGUGAAAACGCUCUGCAAUGGUUAGACAGUAAUCGAUUAGCAGAAAAAUCAGAAUUGGAGUAUCGUUUGAAAGAAUUAACUAAAGUGUGUAGUCCAAUUAUGACAAAAUUACAUGGUGGCGGUCAAGCAGGUCCUCAAAUGCCCGGUGGUGCUAAUGGUCAGCCAGGAAGUGGUGGCCCAACAAUUGAGGAAGUUGAUUAAAUAAUUUAAGCUUUUUAAGACUGAAUUUUAUUUGUUAUUUUUUU